UAGCGUUAGAGGAAAUCAACAAUCAACUAUAGAAUAAAGAAUGAAAUCAACAGCUAACAAGCAUGCUGUAAAUUCAUUAACAAAUCUGAAAGUAAUGUUCUAAGACAAAGUAAAACAUGGGGAGAGUUCAUCAACGUAGAAUAAGAAGAGAGAACAAAGACAAAUUAGGUGCCAAAUUAUUGGAUGCGACAAGUGUUCUGCUACCUGAAAAUUCUGGAUAUGUUAUUCCAGAACCAGGGGAGAAGACAACUAAAAUUACUCAAACACAGCUCGCCAAUUCAGUUGAUGUAACGAGUGCACAGAAACAUUUUGAUUUGUGUCUAGACUUUGGCCCUUAUGAUAUUGAUUAUUCUCUUAAUGGCCGUCAGUUAUUAAUUGGAGGAAGGAAAGGCCAUGUGGCUGCUAUGGAUUGGGUUACAAAAUAUUUAAUGUGUGAAAUAAAUGUCAUGGAAGAAGUUUAUGACGUAAAAUGGUUACAUAAUGAAAACUUAUUUUCUGUUGCACAAAAAAAAUGGGUUUAUAUAUAUGAUAAUCAAGGUGUGGAAGUACAUUGUUUAAAAUCCUUAAAUAAUGUAUUGCACCAAGAAUUUCUUCCAUAUCAUUUCCUUUUGAGUACUGCUAGUGAAGAAGGAUUUUUGUCAUGGUUGGAUGUCUCAAUAGGAAAAUUGGUAGAACAAUUUAAUGCUAAAAUGGGUCGCUUAAGUCUGAUGACACAAAACCCGAGUAAUGCCUUAGUUUGCCUUGGAAAUACUAAAGGUGUAGUAUCUAUGUGGAGUCCUAACCUACGAGAACCUGUAGCGAAAAUUCUCUGUCAUGGAAAUCCAGUUACAUCGCUUGCAGUUAAUUCAAAUGGAACGUACAUGGCAACUUCGGGUAUGGAUAGAAAUCUAAGAAUUUGGGAUAUUCGUAAAUUAAAUGGACCACUACAAGAAUACAAACUACGCACUAGUCCAAGAGAUAUGGUAUUUAGCCAGAAGGGUUGUUUGGCAGUUGCUAUUAAUAAUGUAGUCGAUGUGUAUGAAGAAUGUUGUACCAAAACAGUAACGCACGCUUAUUUGAGACACAAUAUAGCAAGAACGAUAAAUAACUUGGCUUUUUGUCCAUUUGAAGACGUUCUGGGAGCUGGCCAUGAUGGAGGUUUUUCUAGUUUAUUAAUACCUGGCAGUGGAGAACCUAACUUUGAUGCUUUAGAACGCAAUCCUUUCCAAACCAAGAAGCAACGUAAAGAAGCUGAAGUCAAAAUGCUUCUUGAAAAAAUUCCAGCAGAAAUGAUUGUUUUAGAGUCAAAUGUAGAUGAAGUCGAUGUUGAUACUCUAAAAACUAGGUUGGAGCAGAAGAAAUCACUUAAUAUUGGGAAACCUUCAAGAAUAAAUAUCAAGGUAAAAAAUAAAUUGAAAAGAAAGACUCAAGCAAAUCCAUCAAAAGUUAAAGAAAAAAUAUUUGAAGAAAAAACCAAGGAAUUUGUUAGAGCUUUGAAUAGCCGCCCUAAAGUGGAAACAAACGAUAAUUAUGAAGUACGAUCAGUCAGAUUCAACGUAUUAGAUAGGUUCCAAAACAAAAAAAACAAGAGAAAGCCAUGAUAAACUACAAGGCUAUUAUUAUUGUGGUUUUAACAUCUAUGAUUAAAUUGUUUGUACAUCGUGAAUAAAAACAGUUUUAAGAAAUA